UUUUAAAAAUGUGGCUUUUAGCCAAGUCUGCUAAAGCACUUCCGAAAUCACGCAACAUACUUCUGACAGUCAAUAUUUUAAGACGUGUUUAGAUGGCUGUAGGUUUACUCUCACGGGCUUUUAAUCAGCGAUACCAAAUUUUUGAAACUGGAAUGCUCGAGUACAUUGAAAAUAGGUUUAAUUUUUAUGUUUUUAAAAUUCCGCGCCCUUUUUUGUCGCGCUAUUUUGAUCGAGUUUAUUGGGUUGUCAUCAGUUUAUAUCAGAUUUUAAAAAUAUGUUCGGCUCAGAAAGAUUGACUUGAUAUAAAUCGAGGCUUCAAGCUCGUCCCAACAUUACCGUGGCUUCAGAUCUCUUAAAGUAAGCGGCGCCUUCCCCUUGGAACUGGGAGAAAAUGGANGGAGGACUAGAAAAUUCGCACGACCUAUACAAAGAUCUCUCCUCAAUGGCCAUCCAUCCCAUAACUUUUACGACAUAACCGAAUUACCAUUUAUAUAGACCCUAGAGAGCAUCCGGUUUUUUGUGCUGCCGUUUCGGUGUGUAAAACAAGAGUCGAAGAAACCGGAUGCUCUCGCAGGCUUCGCUUUAGAGAGCUUCAAAAAACCUUCAAACUCGAGAACUCAAGGUUUGCUGGAUAUGUACGGAAAAUGUUCGCCGGGGUCAAUCGUAUCGGGUCACGUGGUCCGAGGCGAUCGUUUCGGAACGUCACCGAAAUCAGUUGACCGUCAAGGCCUGGAGAAAGCCGCACAGUCAACGGAAAAUGGACACUGAUUGGCUGAAAAGUUUUCUCGGUAUGUUUUCUUACGUAAGUUAGCCAAUCAAAAGAUGCACACGUGCGUACUCGCGAUAAUACACGUGUCACGUGAGCACUUGUCGCUUAGAAACUACUAAAAAUGAAUCAUUCUGGAAACUGACUAAGUUAUACGCUUAGAAAAUCGUUCCUCCUAUUGUAGGUGCCAUGAUUAAAAAUUUAUGUUUCAGAAGGUGGGCCAAAAAAAUAUAUUUUUGUCAUGACAUGUCGUUCCAGUAGAAUGCCAAGGACUCUGGCGAUUAAAAGAGAAACAAAGGUUUACAUGCAUUUGGCGAGAAACUGAGCUUGAUUGUCUUAAGGUCGCGGGGAGAGGAUGUUUUGUUUGUCAGUUGGUACGGCAAUCAAUCACUUUUCUAUAAAGAAGACUGUUGGUUGCUGACACUAACUCAGUUAUUGAACGCGGGAACAAAUAACAUCUUGCUCUUUGUGUCAAAAUGAGAGUCUCUGCCGGACAUCCGUUUGAGUCACUUGACAGACAAUUGAACAUCCGAUUGAAGUACAUUGACGAUUGAUCCCGGAAAAAGAUAGCCGCGCCUUUCCUCAGUACUGCGCCCCGGGUACUGCGCAAGGCUUUUGCCGAAGAGACAGCUUUCAGUGUUCAAGAACUCCAACCUAAUUAAGACAGUUAUGGUAAAUUAAGUUCAACUGGCGGGAAGAAACCUCAAACACUGUUCAUAAAGGUAGCAUAAAACACCAUGGUGGGAAUGGCGGGCGAAAACGGAACAAGUAUGGUUAUGAAUGGGGCCGACAACGAUUGACGACAUCUAUAGAUAAGCAAUGACCCUGAAAUAGAAAGCACACAUUUUAUUUUUUAUUUUCAAGAAGGUGACGUAUAUCGGAUAUUUCCGUCUGGCUUCAGCGGGAUGUCUUUCCAGACAUUUCACUGGUCGGCAUCUAAUUGCGAGUCGUGACCAGACAAUUGAAUAUCUUGAAUACUGAUCAGCGAACUAAAAGCGAAACUGGCAGUUGUUUUGUUAUAUCUGAGGAACGCGAGGUUUUCACGGAAGUUUCUAGUGUUUCUAGUUUCUAGUGUCUCUUGUUGUGCGACGCCUUCGUUUCCAUUAUUUGAACAAUUUUGAUUCCUGGAGCUUCGAGCAAAGCCAAAAAGAAUUGCGAUGGGCCGUUUAAAAAUUCGACUGAAGUUCGCUUUGUUCUGUGUGUUUUACUGCUCAUGAAACGUUCGAAUGACGAUGUUCUAAGAAGACAACGAAAUUUUUAUGUGGCAAGCCGACAGUACUGCAGCAAAAUCUAAACGGUUUGUCCUUAGCGAGCGACAUGAAACCAGCACAUCACACGCUAUUUCGUGACCAAGUCAGCACUUUGGUGGAGUGGUUUGCGAACUGGAACGAUUGUGAACAGACCAUAGCAUUGUACACGCUUCUAAAGCGGAUCUCAACCAUUCAGGCCAGGUUCCUAUCGUUGAUUCUGGAACAUACUUUUCGGGACAAUUCGUUUGAAGUUCAAAUGAUGCAGAGACGAGCCAACGACAAAGAGUUUUUAGGUGGUUUGAUACGUGAGAGUAAAGACUUUGCAGUCAAACAGCUGCUGAUGCACCUGCCACUCCUAAAUCCACGCAACGAUGAGGCAAGAUUUGAAUAUCUUCAGUUGCUUCCCAAAAUACUUCAUCACACCGUUGAGCAUUCUGUCCACCAAGAGGAAUGCCGUCAGCUCUUAUCUUUAGCCGUGGUGCAUCCUGCCUUCCCACCUGAGGAAAGGAAUACUCUUCAUCGUUGGUUGAGCCAACUCGAUAAGAGCCUUGGUGUACAAGAGAGGCUCCAAGCGACCAAUUCAUUCAUAACUGAAAAUUCCGAUGUUUUACCCAACACCGGCUGUGAGAACCUUGUAAGACAGAACUAUAUGCGGAGCAGGAUGAAUGGCUGGCGCAACCAGCAGCUUGUUCAUGUAGACUCUGGAAUUGGUGGCUCAUUUGAAUCACCACCAAUGCAAUCCCACCUUUCUGUUUCAUCCAAUUUGCGGAAGAGCCGAUCAAACUCGCUGACCCCUCCACCACCUAUUGAAAUCCAAGACUCUAUUUUGGAGGAUUACUCUGAAAAUUGUGAGGUUGAAAUCCGUCCGGGCAGGUCCCAGUCGUUUCCAGUGGAUCCUCACAGAUUAAAUCAUUCACUUUCACCACAGUCAUCAUUAGAAAGUGAACUUGAUGAAAAUGGAUGCAGACAGAGAGGCAGUAGCUUCAAUGAAGAUGCACGGCCAGGGAUGAAAGAGGUGGGGUCCUGGUUAAAAAAUCUAAGAUUGCACAAGUAUGGCAGUCUGUUUUCUCAACUCUCUUAUGAGGAGAUGCUUGGCUUAAAUGAAGAGUACUUGGAAAGCAAGGGUGUAACCAAAGGUGCAAGGAACAAGAUUUUGUUAAGUGUUAAGAAGCUUUCGGAAAGACCAGAAUUGUUGUCCCGUCUAGAAAAGGAAGUACUUCAGCCUGGCAAACUUCAAGGAGUUUUAACUGGGCUGAGAGAAAUAAUAAUUACGCCGAUAAAGCCAUUCAGCCCUCCUCCUUCUGAGACCACUCAAGGUGCCCCAUAUACGCAGACUCUGACUACAGAACAGCCUCCAACCAGUGUUCCACCGCACCCUGAUGACUUGGCUUCACGAAUUACAAGAGUUUUGGGUAAAGCUUGCACUCAGAUCCUUGUGUCAAGAGCAGAUGAGGAACACUGUAAUGCUUACCUUCAACUGCUGGACAGAGUUCUUACGCUUGAGGCCUUUACACAGACUCAAAAAGGAAGAAUUCAGUCAUGGAAGCAAGAAUGCCAGAGACUGGUCAGACAAAGGCGCCCAUCUCACGAGAACCGGGCAAGAGGCUGGUACAACAUGGGCCAUAAUUCAGGGGACUCUAUAGGAGGGAGCACAGGGCCUCCUGCUGGUUCAGGGGUCAUAAAUAAGCGUCACAGGGGCUCACCUCGCAAUCCUGCUAAGAAUCCUGCUGGUCAGCUUCGAAGCAACAGUGCGGAGACACAAAUGCACUCUAAUAAACCAAGACUGGUGAGGUCUCAUGCUGUGGUGGGAAGAACAAAUUCACUUCCUGUCAAACCAACACAACAGACAAGCAUUGUUCUUCCACAGCAGCAUUCAGCUGACCUUGAGAACAUUGACGAUGGUCUAGAGUCUCUCUGUCUCAGUGUUACAGAGCAUGCUCUUUCUGAUUCUACAGAUCGCUCAUUUAAUUAUAAAUAGCAUUUCACAAGCAGAGAAGAUGUAACGUAAGAAAAACAGAUGCCUUAAAAAUGCAUGUGGUAACAAUCGUUAUUUGAUGAUGGUGGAACCAGCUAUCCUUUAGCAAACACUUUGUAGUCAAAUGGAAGACUGCAGUAUUAAUAUACAAACAGAUAUAAGCCUUGAUUAUUUCAUCUUUAAUAUUAAACCUCGUACAGGUUAAAUGAUGUUAAAGGAAGUGGCAUUCAUAUCAUAGCUGCUUAUUGACGGUAAACAGCCUCUAAGUUGUGGAUGUAAAAUAUACGUAAUAUUGUUCCAAUAAUUGUUAUAUUAAUACUAGUAGUCAUGUUGACUCUUUGUUUUUUCAAUUCUGUUGCAAGAGUACUCUUGGUACAGUAUGUAGCCAUUCUGGGUGUCAAAGUUUUGUUUUUAGUGUAGUGGUCUUAAUUUUCCCAUCAAAUAGCACUCAAGCUUGCUGCGUCUGCAAAUUUGGCUGUGCUUCAUAACCUAGCUUUUUUUGUCCAUAAUACAGCUUCAAGUUUUGCAUUAAUUUAUUUUUAAGUGCUUUUUUUUUGUCUCCAAAGUUAUAGUUAAAAGCUUAAUUCAGUAUUGUUAGUUACUAUUCAGAAUAAGUUUGAGGUGUUAUUCUUUUUUUUUUUUGUUACACUUGUACAUAGUUCAGCAACACCAAACACCCUGCAACUGUUUUGUGUUGUUCUUUAGUUUGGUUUGUGUUAUUUAAAGACGUGAGCACUGGCUGUGGUCAGAAUAUUUUCAUACCCGUGACAUUUGUUUUUCUAACAGUUUCCUAACAUGUUUGUUUGUUUGUUUGUUUUUUUGGUUGUAAAUAAACUGUUGACCUGAAUGGAGAAUUCAGGAAGGCAGUAUAAAAUAAUGGGUUCUUGUAUUAGUAGCAUUGGAAAGGGUUCUUAAGGCUUACUCAUGCUUCAGUUAUGACUUCAAAAACUGUGAUCAAUGGUAAGGAAUUUUGCAGAAAGUUCAUUGUUUAGUCUCAACCUGUACUGCACCACUGUCAUGGUAAUUUCUUUGUUAAGACAGUAGAACUUUGUUGUUUGCAUUUUGCACUCUGUGCUUCUCAUGACAUUCUAGAAUUUCAGGCACACCUUUCCUUAAGGACACUUACUGUAAUGUGGACUCCUCCAUAGUACAGACACUCAACUCCCUCCCUCUGGCGUGUGUACCAUAGAGGUUUGACUGUACAACAUUUAUUGAGCAUUUUGACUGUGUUUGAGAUACAUCGUAAUGAUUGUCAAGGGUUUUGAAACACAAUUUCUGCAAAAUCUCUCAACAUUUGUCAUACUGUAUAAGAGAAUCACAAGCAACUUGUAUGGUUGAUGUAUAUGUAAAAAUCUCUGUAAGCUUGUCACUUGUGCCAAAGUUUUCCUGUGAAAAAUCAGUCCUUACUUGCGGCACUGUUUCAAACUGCCUGUGACAUUUACUUGCAGUGUUACAAGAUAAUUGUGUUUGCUUCUGUCCUUUCACUCUCUAAUAUUAAAAGCCAGUGGAAUGCAGUUAGCAUUUUAAAUUUGAAGAAAUUUCUUAAUCUUGCAAAAAUGAACUAGUUAUUAAACAACUCUUUUUGUAUUAAAUUUGAUGGGACAUAUAUAUUUGAUAACUGCAAUUUUAAUACGGAUCCGAUAAACAAUUUAUUACUCAGUGAAUCUUUGUUUUACUAGUUACUACAAAGUUUGUUUUAAUCUAGAGCACUGUAGACAAUGAUGUCCUCAAUAAUCUUGUUUUAGAAUUAUAAUAAUUAUUAUUUUCCUGGUUGUCUUUAUUUCCACCACAGAUUUUGCUAUUUUCUUGUCAUAGAGCAUUUAAUUGUCCUUCACUGUAAAGACUGUAACAGCUUGAAACAUUUUGUUUUAAUUUUAAUUUUUUUUGCUUUUGCCAGUGCACGAUUUACAAAAAGAAAGCUUCAAAUGAUAGAUCACCUCUCUGCUGCUUUGACAUUGACUAUUUUUAUCCCAAUAUUUAAAAAUAUAAGGGGAAACAGCUGUUUCUAUAAACUGAUUGUUCAAAAUUUUUAAGUAUAAAUUAUGUGCAUUUAGAUGUAGCAAUGUAUGAAUCAAGCUUCUUAAACUUAAAAAAUCCUUUCAUUUUAUUUGCCAUAUUUGAAUUGAGCAUCCUUGAAUUGUUAACUGGUAAAGAAAUGAAAAAUGUUGACAGUUCUUAAAUUUUGUUUAAUCCAAUCUUUUGCAACUACUGUAAUGGGGCUACUCAACUUAGACAAUGAAACAGAAUGGAGAAUUUCAACUAGAUUCAGUAAGGUGAAAUAUUGUUGUUGUUGUUGUUUUUUUUCACCGAAUGCUGUUUGCCGCAAGGCAAAAAAAACAAAGUUGGAGUUCUUUCCUUCCAGUCAGCGAGUUUGUUUGGUUUUAGUUGUCUAAGUGGCCCUGGUAGGUGCAUUGUUAAAGUCCUUAAAUUUUUAUUUGUUAACUGGAAAAGAACUUCAAACUUUUGCUAGACACAGCCAUGUAUCAUUAAUUUUGACCAGACAAUGUGUCGUAUUCACAUUAUUGUAUAGAAUGGUUGUCAUAUAUCAACACAAAAUGCUACUACUACUACUUAAAUAUGUUUUAAGUGAUGAAAAAUGUUUGAAACAGCAUUUCAUCCUAGUUUGACUUUGUGAUAAAAAGGCACAAUAAUUGCUUCCAUAUGAUGGUAUUUAAGAGAUCUAAAGACCAAAAAUGCUGGCAUUAUAAGAAUAGUCAAAUGCAGGUCAUACAUGAAACAAUAAUGCAAGAUUUAUAUAAAUAACAGAGUUUAUUCUGAAUUGACCUGGAGAAUAAUUCAAAGUGUAUCCAAUUUAUUGCCUUGGUACAAAUAGUAUUUCCAUCCACAGUUAACUGCACUUAAGAAUUUUGACAAAGAAAGUUGUGUCAAGAUGCAUUAAAGACCUUUGCAGCACCAAUCGGGACUUUACAGUUGAGUUCAGCCACGUGUAAGCUUUGUGAGAACAAGAAGGUAUGCUAUAAAAUGAAUAAUACGCCACCUAUCAGCCAAUGACAAUGUCUCUUUGAAACUUGUCAUUUUUAUGUAGUCUCUGAAACCAGUUUUGUUUUUGUGUUCCUACUCCUUACAGGGGUUGGACUUUGGCCAUAUAAAUGAAAUCAUUUAAGUAAUUUUGUUACCUCUUCACUUUUGUGGAAAACUAAAGAGUUUCUCUUAAAGUUUUUUUGCUGAUGAUUUAAUGUAAAUCAUCAGAUGUAAGAAAGAGGAAAAUUAUUUUGAGGGGACAUUGAGUGAAAUUUAGGCUGCUUAGCUUUUCUUUGUUGUUGACUGAUAAAUGAGUUUGGAAAAUGUAUUCUAUGUUAAGCCUUCUUGUUGAGUGUGAAAUAGAAAGUAUUUUGAAGAAGUUGUUAAUAAAUAUUGGGUUACAGCCCUAGUUUAACUUAAUGUACGUUGUUAUAAAGUCCCUAAUGACUACUGUUAUGUACAUCAACGUAAUGCCAAUAUUAUAUUAUUUAUAGAAUGGUUAAAGUACAACGAGUUAGAUUAUUUUCAAGAUUGAGGUGUAACAAGAGAUAGCAUAGGCCUGAUGCAGAAUUCUAAGACCAUGUUAUGUUGACAACUUGCUGUGCGAGUCUGUAGUUGACAUUUUCUAGAAUUGCAUUCAGGAACUCUGUAUCCUUGGUGCUUCUCGUAUGUUUUGGAAGUGAAUUCAAUUUGCUUUAAGCAAACUCCUACUGUUGGAACAAGUUAUUUUCUGCUACAUUGUUGGAAAUGUUGUCAACACUGAAAAUUGUGCAAGAUAUUAUAAAGCACUUAUGCAUUGGAGCUCAUGAGUUUUCAUACCCAUCAGAGUUGCACCAUCAUAUAUCUUAUGUCACACUGUUGUUUAUUUUAAUGGAAAUGAAUGCUCCAAUCUUUGUUGAAACACUGCUAACAGUGCUUUUUUUCUGUAUUUAAUUUAAAAACAAAUUUCGACCUUGUGCUUCAUUUUAGACAAUUUGACGACAAAACUUGUUCCAACACUGGUGGUUUACCUUUAAGUGACGUUACAAAACUUAGUUUAAGUACUGCUUGUGACCCCAUGGGUUGUAGUUUUAAUAUUAUAAGAGGUACAUGCUGUAAGUGAGUUGUUCACGGACAGUUCUUGUUGAAAACGUUCUUUGUAAGACGAGUUUGGAGUUAGUGUUCAAGUGGAGUUCACUUAGAAAGUGCAGAGCUGUGGAACAUAAAAAUGAAUAAUAUACAGUACAUAGAGUUAGAAGUUUUUUCUUUUUCUUGCAGCAACUGCAAUAAACUGUUGUUAAAUUGAAA